AUGCCUCGAGCUCUCACCCUACAGCAUAUCGAAGGCGCCAAGCCUGGGAAGGUCUACUAUCCUAUCCAAGUCGUGCAAGUCCCUAAGCCAACACCGGGCGCAAAUGAGGUCCUAGUUCGCCUAUCAGCCGCAGCUCUCAACCAUCGGGACCUCUUCAUACGACGUCAUCUCUAUCCUGCCAUCUCCUUCACCAACCCACUCCUGGCCGAUGGCUAUGGAACUGUUGUGGCCCUUGGACCCAAUGUCACUCGCAAGGAGCUGCUCAACAAGCCCGUCAUCCUCACACCCAUGCGCGGCUGGGACUCUGACCCUGCUGGCCCCGAGGACAGUCGCAAGUUCGCCGUAACCGGUGGAUCUAGAAUCACCGACGUCGGUACUGCACAGGACUAUAUCGUCGUGCCAGAGAAUGAAGUCGUGCCUGCACCUGAACAUCUCACACCCGCCGAGGGCGCCUCUCUGCCGGUUGUCGGACUCACGGGGUGGAGGGCCCUCGUCACAAAGAGCAACGCCGCAUUCCCCGGCGCGAACAUUCUUCUCACAGGAAUUGGCGGCGGUGUAGCCUUGGUGGUCCUUCAAUUUGCCGCGGCCUUUGGGUGCAACGUCUUCGUUACCUCAGGCAGUGAAGAUAAGCUUGCAAAGGCCAAGGAGAUGGGAGCACGGGGCGGUGUCAACUAUAAGCACGAGGGGUGGGACAAGGAGCUCAGGGCACUCCUCCCGGCUGACAGGCCAUACUUGGAUGCUGUCAUCGACGGGGCGGGCGGUGAUAUCGUGGCAAAGACGGUGCGACUGCUCAAGGCCGGCGGAGUCAUUGUCCAAUACGGCAUGACCGUAUCGCCCAAGAUGGACUGGCUCAUGUCGGCAGUGCUGCAGAACAUUGAGCUCAAAGGAUCGACGAUGGGUUCCCGAAAGGAGUUCCGUGAGAUGAUGGCCUUUGUGAAAGAGAAGAAGAUCCGGCCCGUCGUCAGUCGGAUAGUCAAGGGGCUGGACAACCUCGACGAUAUCGAAGGACUGUUUGUGGAUAUGGACCAAGGCAAGCAGUUUGGCAAGUUGGUGAUUGAAUGGGAUUCUGGGAGCGAGUCACCCUCAAAGCUGUAA